UGAAGCUCACUCAUAAACUCACCUCCUACCAACUUCACACAUAGGAGGAUCACAAGAAAGGAAGGGAGAUCUGUUUCAUUUCUCUUUCACUACUGCUCCUUUCCUCUCCCUCAUGCUUUACUGCUUGCCUCACACAUGAUUCAGGAGAUUUCAAGUGGAGUGAUGAUAGGGUAGGAGAUCAGUAAUAAUCCAAACAGGUUACGAAUGAAAAGGCUGUGAUUUUUGUCACAUUCUCCCCUUUAGAAGUACUCUUCCUUUUUCUCUUUUACAUCAUUACAGUAGCAGUGCCGAACAGCGCAACGUAUUCUGCCAAGGUAAUAUAAUACUCUGGUAGAAGGGAAUGGAGAGGGAAGCGUCCGUCGUCGUGGUUAGAGAGUACAAUGCGGCGAACGAUCGGGCAGCGGCGGAGGAGGUCGAACGGACGUGCGAGCUCGGUUCGAGCGGCAAGAUGUCGCUCCACACUGACCUCCUCGGCGACCCCGCUUCCCGCAUCCGCCACUCUCCCACCUAUCUCAUGCUCGUGGCGGAGACGUGUGGUGGAGUGAAAGAGAUCGUCGGGCUGGUGCGCGGCUGCGUGAAGGUGGUCACAUGCGGCAAGAAGCUCCCACGACAAGGAGGGAGCACCAAGAACACUUGUCAGGUGGCGACUCCCACUUACACCAAGGUUGGCUAUCUCCUUGGUCUUCGAGUGUCUCCUUCUCAUCGGAGGAAGGGAAUAGGGUUGAGGCUGGUGAGGCAAAUGGAGGGAUGGUUCAGGGAGAAGGGGGCGGAGUACGCUUACAUGGCCACGGGAAAUGACAACGAGGCAUCGAUGCGUCUCUUCACAGAGCGAUGCGACUACACUAAGUUCCGAGCUCCGACCAUCCUGGUCCACCCGGUGUUCGCGCACCGUCUCCCGGUUCCCCGCUCCGUCACCGUCCUCCGGCUCGGCCACGCUGACGCAGAGGCCAUCUAUCGCCGCUGCUUCGCCACCACCGAGUUCUUCCCCCGCGACAUCGACGCGGUGCUCCGCAACCCACUCACCGUCGCGACCUUCCUCGCGGUCCCGGCGGGUUGCAACACCGCGCGGCAGUGGCCAGGGGCGGAGGCGUUCCUGGCGGCUCCACCGGGAUCGUGGGCGGUGACAAGCGCGUGGGACUGCGGCGGGGUGCUCCGGAUGGAGGUGCGGGGGGCGUCGCGGCUGCGGCGGGGGGCGGCGGCAGCGACGCGGGCGGCGGACCGGGCGAUGCCGUGGCUACGGAUCCCGGCGGUGCCGGAUCUAUUCCGACCGUUCGUGGCGUGGUUCCUGUACGGGGUGGGAGGGGAGGGGCCCGGCGCGGCGGAGAUGGCAGCGGCGGCGUGGAGGGAGGCGCACAACGUGGCGCGGGGGUCGGCGACUGUGUUGGCCGCAGAGGUGGCGGCGGGAGACCCGGUACUGCGGGGCAUACCGCGCUGGCGGUGGCUGUCGUGCGCGGAGGACGUGUGGUGCGUGAAGCGGCUGGGUGAGGAGUACAGCGACGGCGGGGUCGGCGACUGGACCAAGUCGGCGCCGGGCGCGUCCAUAUUCGUCGACCCCCGGGAGCUGUAACGCGAUCGAUCCGCUUCCAUGUCGCCUUUAUUAUCUUCACUGUCCGAUGGGGUGAGCAGCUUUUGGUUGGAGGAGGGAGAAACCAGUAACGGUCUCAGUCUUAGAUAACGGGAAUCCCGGGGAAGACAGUUGGCACAGCAACGGUGGCUUUAAACAUAUACACCAAAUCUUUGCCCCUCCCAUUGCUGUCUCCUCCAUUUGAUCUCGAGACUAAGAAAAGAUUUGGAUUCGAAUCUA